CCAUUUUAAAGCAGACGGAGGAAAACACCAAGUCUGAAGAAAGUUUUCACCAAACAGCUUCCCUCAGUGUUCAACGUUACCAGCUGAUCACUCAUGAACUCCUGUAGAGCAGGGGGCCAUAAUGGCAAAACUUAAAGAGGAGCUCUUGAAUAUUCUUUUAAACUUAAAAGAAGAUGAUUUCAACCAGUUCAAAUGGUUCCUGGAGCAGGAUGACAUCCUGGAGGGCUUUAAAGGCAUCCCAGUGGCUCAUCUGGAGAAUGCAGCAAGGACACAGACAGUGGAUCUGAUGGUACAGAAACAUCAGGAUCAUGGAGCUCUGCAGCUAACAAAGAAGGUUUUAGAAAACAUCGGCAGGAAUGAUCUGGUACAGCGUUUACAAAACUUCCAACCAGAACCAAAAGCAGAUAGUUGGCACAAGGUUUUAGGUAACUAUGAUUUCAUUCUGACAAGGAAAUGUCAACAAGUGACUGAUGGAACUGAUGUAUCAGGAAAAAAAACCCUCCUCAAAAAGAUUUACACUAAGGUCUACAUCACAGAAGUACAGAGUGAAGAGGAUAACGCCCAACAUGAAGUGAGGCAGCUUGAAACAGUUUCCAAGACCCUCCAUGACACUCCGAUCGAGUGCCACGACAUCUUUAACGUCUUACCUGGCCAAGAGGAACACAUCAUCAAAGUUGUUCUGACGAGCGGCGUCGCUGGCGUUGGAAAAACCUUCUCAGUGCUGAAGUUCAUUCUGGACUGGGCACAGCGCUCCAAAAACCAAGAUAUCAGUCUGCUGAUUCCACUUUCGUUCAAGGAACUGAACGUGGUCAAAGAUGAGCCGCACAGUCUGCUCACACUGAUCCGUCGUUUCUAUCCAACAUUAAAGAACGUCACAGAAGAGAUGCUUGACUCUGAAGACUUUAAAGUUUUAUUCAUCUUUGACGGCCUGGAUGAAAGCAGACUGUCACUGGAUUUCGAGAACAAUGAGGAUGUGUCUGAUGUCACACAGACGUCAUCAGUGAGCGUGCUGUUGACAAACCUCAUCAAGGGGAAUCUGCUUCCACAGGCUCUCAUCUGGAUCACUUCCAGACCUGCAGCAGCCAAUCAGAUCCUAGAUCAGGAUUGUGUUGACAGGAUAACAGAAGUACGAGGCUUCACUGAUGACCAGAAGGAGGAGUACUUCAAGAAGAGAUUCAGUGAUGAAGAGCUGUCCAGCAGAAUCAUCUCACACAUCAAGACAUCCAGGAGCCUCCACACCAUGUGUACCAUCCCAGUCUUCUGCUGGAUCAUUGCUAGAGUUGUGAAGCGCAUGUUGACUCCAGAACAGAGAGGAGAGCUGCCAAAGACCAUGACUGACCUGUACUCACACUUCAUGCUGGUUCAGACAAAGAGGAAGAAGAACAAGUAUGAUGAGGGACAUGAGACCAAAAAACAGAAGCUGACGAAGGCUGACAGUGAAUUUCUUCUGAAGCUGGGGAGGCUGGCGUUUGAACAUCUGGAGAAAGGAAACAUCAUCUUUGACCAAGAAGACCUGGAGCAGUGUGGUCUUGAUGUCACAGAGGCCUCGGUGUUAUCAGGAUUUUUUACAGAGAUCUUCAAAACAGAGUGUGUGAUCUUCGAUGAAAAAGUCUACAGCUUUGUUCAUCUGAGCAUUCAGGAGUUUCUGGCUGCAGUCUACAUGUACCACUGUUAUACCAACAGGAACACAGAGGUACUGAAGUCCUUCCUGGGAGAAGACUACAGCUACUCAUCCCUGGAUGACUUCCUGGAGAGAGCCAUGAAGAAAUCUCUCUACAGUAAAAAUGGCCACCUGGACCUGUUUGUCCGCUUCCUUCAUGGCCUCUCUCUGAAGUCCAACCAAAGUCUCUUAGGAGACCUGCUGGGAUGGACAGAAAACAGUCCAGAAACCAUCCAGACAGUCAUCAACAACCUGAAGACGAUGAACUUUUGGGAUAUCUCUCCUGACAGAAGCAUCAACAUCUUCCACUGUCUGAUGGAGAUGAACGACCACCUAGUACAUCAGGAGAUCCAAGAGUUCCUGAAGUCAGAGAACAGAUCAGAGAAGAGACUCUCUGUGAUCCACUGCUCAGCUCUGGCCUACAUGCUGCAGAUGUCAGAGGAGGUUCUGGAUGAGUUGGACCUGGACAAGUACCACACAUCAAACGCGGGACAACUGAGACUGAUCCCAGCUAUAAGAAACUGCAGAAAGGCUCGACUUUGUGUCGAAGAACUCUCAGACCCCCAGUAUGAAGUUGUGGCCUCAGCUCUGAAGUCCAACCCUCAUCUGACAGAGCUGGACCUGAGUGCCAACCUCCUGCGUAAUUCAGCAGUGAAGCUUCUGUGUGCUGGACUGGAGAGUCCAAACUGUAAACUGAAGACUCUGAGAUUGAGUAAUUGCACAUUGUCGGAGAUCAGCUGUGCUUCUCUGGCCUCAGCUCUGAAGGCCAACCCCUCCCAUCUGAGAGAGCUGGAUCUGAGUAGAAACAAGCUUCAGGACUCAGGAGUGGAGUUUCUGUGUGAUUUUCUGAAGAACCCAGACUGUAAACUGAAGACUCUGAGAUUGUGGAGCUGCAGGUUGUCAGAGAUCAGCUGUGCUUCUCUGGCCUCAGCUCUGAAGUGCAACCCCUCCCAUCUGACAGAGCUGGAUCUGAGCUGGAACAAGCUGAAGGACUCAGGACUGAUGCUGCUGUGUGAUUUUCUGAAGAGUCCAGAAUGUAAAGUGAAGAAUCUGAGAUUGUUUCGCUGCAGUUUGUCAGAGACCAGCUGUGCUUCUCUGGCCUCAGCUCUGAAGCGUGAUUCCUCCCAUCUGACAGAGCUGGAUCUGAGAUACAGCGAGCUUCAGGACUCAGGACUGAAACUGCUUUGUGAUUUUAUGAAGAGUCCACACUGCAGACUGAAGACUCUGAGAUUGAUUGGCUGCAGAUUGUCAAAUAUCAGCUGUGAUUAUCUGGCCUCAGCUCUGAAGGUCAACCCCUCCCAUCUGAGAGAGCUGGAUCUGAGUGACAACGAGCUUCAGGACUCAGGAGUGAAGCUGCUCUGUGAUUUUCUGGAGAGUCCAGACUGCAGACUGAAGAUUCUGAGUCUGUAUGAGUGCAGGUUGUCAGAGAUCAGCGGUGGUUUUCUGGUCUCAGCUCUGAAGCACAACCCCUCCCAUCUGACAGAGCUGGAUCUGAGUCACAACGAGCUUCAGGACUCAGUAUUGGAGCUGCUCUGUGAUUUUCUGAAGAGUCCAGACUCUAGACUGGAGAGUCUGAGAUUGUUUCGCUGCAGUUUGUCAGAGAUCAGCUGUGCCUCUCUGGUCUCUGCUCUUAAGUACAACCCCUCCCACCUUAGAGAGCUGGAUCUGAGAUGGAACAACCUGAAGGAUUCAGACGUGAAGCUCCUGUGUGAACUAAAGGAGAGUCCAGACUGCAGACUGGAGACUCUGAGCUGGAAGAUACCUGUGCCAGACUAUCUGUCUCUGUAUGAAGAGGCUAAGUAUACAUCAUGAACAUCCAGGAGUGUUGAGAGAGGAUCAGCUGGAUCCUGAUGAUCCAUCUGGA